CUAAUAUUUGCCAAUUGUUCUGAUCCUAGUCGAAUCCUUUCAUCAUCGCAAGAUGCAGUGGCUGAGCCUUCUAUGCCCGCUCCUCGCUAUGCAGGCCGGCAUCGGCGCGACCUGGGGUGCUCACGUCAAGCGAGGAUCGGAGCAGAAUGCCACGCUUUAUGCCUAUGGAGCCAAUGCUUCGGCCUGGCCCAUUUCCUACGGUCUCAGCGACGGUCUGCUGUACAUUGCCGAGGAUCCGAAUAACAACGCUGCCGACCUGACUGCCAUGUACUGGGACCUCCCCUCCAUCACCGACGAGUGCUGGAUUGUGAACGGGACCUUUGUCAAUGGCACCCGUGCCGGGUCUCUGUACAUCCGGUCCGAGAACGACAACAGCAUUGGCGUGCUGCCAUUUUCUCAAGCCACGGCCAUCGAUGGGACGGUCACGGGCUUCGCGCUCUUUGCCUCCCAGCUGGUCUACAACAACGACACCCAGUUGGAGGCGCAGUUCUGGGCGUCCAGCACGGAAACAGACGGGGUCUAUGCACUGGUGUGGGUGGAGGAUGAGAGCGACAUUGGUAGUGGUAGCUUUCCGGUGGUGGUCAAGGGAUCGGGGAGUUCUUGAAUUGGAAAUAUCUUGGCCUCCAUACACUGCUGUGUUGCCUGUGUAUUCAUACAAUUGAGCUUGACGGUAACAUGUUGUUUUGAUGUGGGAGUCACCAGAAGUGGCCUUCACUGGUCGUUUC